CUUCAACUGGCGUUGGCUUUAGUGCAAACUUAUCUAUUUCGGAACCUACCAGGAUACAAAAAGACAUGAAAGAAAUAGUUCUUGUGAUAUUGUAUGCAUUUCUUGAAAAUUGUGCUAGUAAAGGAUGGAUGCAUAAGAGGCUACCAGAUAUUCAAGGGAAUGUUACAUACAACGACUUCAGUAUUACUGAUCACCAUACAAAUAACCCCACUCACGUCGGACAUGUACUUUUUAUCUACAUAACAAGGGUUUCUAUGCACAUCACUGCAGAGACAACUUGUACAGCGGAACUGAAACUUUCAAAAAUGGAAUCCAUCUGUUUGACCCCGGAAGUGAGAUGCAUAUUCUACCAGCCGAUUGGAUGUAACUUCGACUAUGUGGCAGAUUUCGAUGGCUUCGAAUGCGACAAAUACGCGUGGUUCGUUUUACCAGAAUUGCCAUUGUCUCCUCUCAAAAUAGGGGACAGGAGCGACGGCGAAAAAAUUGUUCAACUUCAGUACAAGUAUUUCGAAUGCCCGACAGAAAAUUCAUCGAUAGUGACCGAUGUAUCGACCAUCACAAAUCCUGAUCCCAUGACACCUUCUCACGAUCCCACGACACCUUCUCACGAUCCCACGACACCUUCUCACGAUCCCACGACACUUUUUCAAAAAUUGUCGACAAAUGGAGAAAUUGUAAAAACGGACAGCGAGACGCAGAUGUGCCAAGGCAAAAUCGAAAUGACUGUAGGACUUUUGAUCGCCUUAGCCUUACUUGUCGUAUCUUGGGUGGUGUUCGGAGUCGUAUUUAUGCGAAACCGGUCGAAGGUCACCUCGCGCAACCCGGAUGUCGGAAGAACUGGGGCGGAAGAAUCAAAUACUCGGGAAAUCUUGGUAAAUGCCAUAUAUGGAGACAACUUCGGUAGAAUGGGAGACGAUUCGCAGCCGAGUAGCUCGAAUGCUGUCUAUAGCGUGGUCAAUAAGAGACGACAGACAGUUAGCACGCCACCUCGCUAAUUUAGUCACAGGGUCGGCCUCAACCACUGCUAAGCACUUUCUUAAGUCCCGUGGUAUGUGUAACAGGUUAGGGUCAGGC